GGAGGCGGCAUCGAGUGGAGAACUGCUGUUAGUAUGCGCUGUGUUUAUUGUUAAGGUUGUGUGGAUUAGCACUGCAGUACCUUUUUCCAUUAUUAUAAUAUCAACAAUAUAGCUAAAGAUGAGUUAAAGAUGCCCGACUCAUCCUGAGCUUCAACUUUGGACAGCUGAUGUGUCCAGUGGCUGACAGGGAGAACAACAAUGGAAAUAAACCAUGAAUGAAGGAAAGCUGAAAGAAAAGCUAUGAUACUGCCCCAAAACUGAUCCACACCUGCUGCCAAGAAACACCCCUCAUCUGCUGCCAGAUUAUUCUGGAAAUGGCUAACACUGUGGCCUUGGUGGUCCAAGCAGAACUCUUACCAUCUCAGUCCACCGCCUCCCUUUCUCCUUUCCCUUCAUCCCUUCUUGGCUCUGGAGAGGAUGGCGAGGACAAUAGGGACAGAGAAGAGAUGGUGGAGGGAGACAAGGGAGUAGUAGAACGUGAGGUAGAGGUGGUUCUGGAUAUGGUUGAGUCCUCUAUGCCGGACCCACCUCAGCAGCCCGAGCAGAUGGACCAUCCCUUCCUGUGUAUGGAUUGUGGGAAGAGCUUCAGGUGGUCUUCCAGGCUCACCCAUCACCAAAGGAGCCACAACAAUGAGAGACCAUACCGCUGCAACCUCUGCCCCAAGGCCUUCAAGGGCUCCUCUGCUCUGCUCUACCACCAACGGUCUCACUCAGGGGAGAAGCCUUACAAAUGUCAGGAGUGUGGAAAAGCCUUCAAACGCUCCUCUCUGCUCCAGGUCCAUCAGAGUGUCCACACUGGAGUGCGUACCUUCUUGUGUCCCUAUUGCCCACUGACUUUCAAAUGGAGCUCUCAUUACCAGUAUCACCUGCGCCAGCAUACUGGAGAGUGUCCAUACCCGUGUGACACCUGCCCCAAGGCCUUCAAAAACUCGAGCAGUCUGCGGCGACACAAGAACGUCCACCUUGGUCUCAAGCCUUACACCUGCACAGUGUGUAACAAAUCCUUCACUCAGUCUACCAACCUAAGGCAGCACAUGAGGAUCCAUACAGGUGAGAGGCCCUACAUCUGCGGGGAGUGUGGACGAAGCUUCACGCAUUCAUCAAAUCUCGCCCUUCACAAGAACUCACACUCGAACCCAGGAGGAAAGGAGGGAAAGAGUGGAGGUGCUGCCAAGAAGGGAAGUGAGAUAGUGGAGAUUUUGGUAGGAUCAGAGGAAGUGACAUCGUCCAUGUUGACGGACAUGGUGGGAUUUGUGAGCCAGGAGGGAACUGAUGGAGUUGGGGUGGGGAUGGAAGAAGUGUUUCUGUCGACCACCCCGUCCGGACAGAAUUCAAGCCUUCUCCCCCAGCUCACUCUCACCUCCUCCAGGGAAGGCAUGUACACAUCUAGGGCCAUCGGGACGGAGGUUCACCUGAGCACAGACACCGGUACCAGUUUGCUGCUGUACAGCUGCGGCAGCUGCAGCCACAACUUUGGCACGCGGACAGAUCUAGAGGAACACCAGGUCAACCAUAUGGCUCCAGAGGGAGGCGGUGCUGGUGGAGAGGCAGGGUCUGGAGUAGGGAUGGAGGUUGGGGAUGGGCUGGUGGGAGCUGGUCACCUGCUGGCUGAUUUUGAGGAGGUGGUGGAGACGACCACAGCGGCUGAAAAUGGACACACAACAGAGGUGCUUCUUGGACUGACGGGGGCAGCAGAUACAAAUUUGGGCACCUCCCAGGCCCAGUAUGACCUGCUGCAGAGCUUCACCGAGGUGACUCAGAGCUCGGAGACCGUUCAGCCAGAGGCCAGAACCACAUGGGCUGGGUUGUCAUGUGGCUACUGCAAUAAGACCUUCAAGACCAGUGGAGGCCUUAAUAGACAUGUAUCACUGAUACACUCCCUCUCCUCACAGUCCCGCUCCCAGUUCAGCUGCUCGGCCUGCGACCGCUCCUUCCCCCUUCUCUCCUCACUCCUCACCCACCAACACUCCCACACGCCUGAGCAACGUCUCCUAGCUGAGGCCGAGGCUGAGAUAGUGUGCCCUCCCUCCCUUUCUCUGUCUCUCCCCCUUCCCUCCUCUCCCAGCCACGAUGACAAGCAGCAGGGAGGCCCGAGGAAGAUCCAUAUUGACAUCAUUGCUGUCGGCGAGGAGCACGAGGUACAACCGGCCAAACCGCCAAAAGCCCCCAAAAAGACGGGAGCCAGCAAGAGUGCUCUUGUUGGAGAGAGGCCAUACCGCUGUUCAGAGUGCGGCAAAGCCUUCAAAGGUUCAUCAGGGCUGAAGUAUCACAUGAGGGAUCACACUGGGGAAAGGCCCUACCGCUGCACCGAGUGUGGAAAGAGCUUCAAAAGGUCGUCUCUGCUUUCAAUCCAUCAGAGGGUACACACAGGCGUUCGGGCAUUCCAGUGCCCUCACUGCCCUCUCACCUUCAAAUGGAGCUCUCACUACCAGUACCACCUGCGGCAGCACACCGGCGAGAGGCCAUAUGUGUGUAAGGAGUGUGGAAAGUCAUUCAAAAACACCAGCUGCCUGCGUAGACACAGUCAGAUGCACUCUGGGCUGCGGCCUCAUACCUGUUCCAUCUGCUCAAAGUCUUUUUCCCAGACGUCAAACCUGAAACAGCAUGAACGCACCCAUUCUGGAGAGAGACCUUUUCAGUGCACACACUGCAAUAAAAGCUUUACACACUCCUCCAACCUCCAGCUCCACCUUCGCACACACUCCUCAAGCAAGGACUUCAAAUGCCCGUACUGCUCUAAGGAGUUUGUCAUGCACUCCUACCUGCAGAGGCACAUCCGCACCCAUGGCAGUGGCGUUCCUAUGCCCUGCGCCAGUGGUGUAGGUAAAGAUGGAGUGGCUGUGAAAGCCAGUGUUGGGGGAGUAACAACCACGACCACCCUGCUCAACCCCAUCACCCUGGAAACCUCAGGAAACCAAGGCAGCCUGAUUGUUUCUCAACCAGCACUUAAUAUUCCCCCAAACACCUCCCAGAACUACUUUAUGAUUCAGACAACCAGCGGCCUGCAGCUCAUCCCUCUCACUUCCCCUCCACCGGCCCUCCCUCUUCCUCCUCCACCACCACCUCCACCUCCGUCUCAGCCCCAAAACUUUUUCCUGGUACAGUGUCCCUCCAGCAAUGACAGCCAGUCAAGCUGGAUUCUCGUCCCCACGGGUAACCACCCUCCACCAGCUCCGGAGCCUGUCCCGGUGCUUCAGACUAUCCAGGCACUCCAGCCCGUCCUAAACCAAACACAGACUCGGAUAUCCCCCUUUCACUCCAUAUCGCAGCAACAGACCAGGUUUAUAAUCACCAACAAUAAUAGCAAUGCAAACACUCCUGUUGCCACGCACACUUUGCCAGCCAACUCCCUGCUAAACAAGCCCAUACUGGGGAAAAGCACACGGACUGCUCGGGGCAGACGGGGACGCAAACCCAAAGCUGCUCUUCAGCAACCUCCAGCAUCUCCUGCCAGUCAGACUGCAGGUGGAGCUCCGUCAGGAACAAACUGUAACGUCUCAAACACCAUCACUACUGCUAACACAUCACCAUCAUCUGUAUCCACAACAUCUUGCACUGCCGUCCAAAUCCUUUCAUCCUCCAUUACUGCAGCCUCCACACUGGACCCCUCAGGACCCACAUCAUCUGUUACUAUGGUUACACCAGCCACCACAUUAACUACAACAUCAGUUUCUACUCCUGACCCCGCUACUCAUACCACUUUGGGGAACAUAAGAACAGGGGAAAACAUGUCAGGGAAACAGUUUGUGUUAUGUUUUGAUAAUAAAGGAAGGCCCAAAGAGGGGAUGAAUAUGGAGGAGGGUGGGCAUUCAUACGUGUUACAGUUUGACGGGGAAGCAUCAGGUGAGGCCGAUGGAAUGGGUGAAGAGGGGAAAUCACUCGUGUUGCAGUUCAAGACAGAAGGGGAAGGAGCAAAGGGGGAAGAUAAGGGAGGGAUGAUGUCACUUCUGCGUGAAUGGAGUGAAGGAAAGCAGGGGGAGACGCAGACAGGAGAGAAAAGCGGCCAGGGAGAGUCUUAUGUCCUUCAUUUCCACACCGAUGCACAGGACGACGGGCCAUCUGCUGCAACCUACAGCCAAGGGCAAGAAACCAGCCUGCAGCUUUCCUGCACUCCUACCCAAAGUUUGGUGCCACUUGAUGGGCAGCAGGUCGUGUUCGAACUAGGUGGUGAGACAAAAAUGGAGCAGGAAAGUGAGGAAGGUAUGCAGAUGAUAGCUCUGAUAGAAGGUGAAGGGGGGAUGAUGGGAGAAGAAGGGACAGAUUGUCAUGCUGCAACUGGCAGGAUGGAGGAUGGCAGAGGAACCAUGGAAGGCUUAUUUCAACUGGGAAAUGGAGAGGAAAUUGUCAUAAUUGAGGUCAGCACUAGUAGUUUAAGAGAUGGAAGAGUGGAGCGAGGAGGGGAUGGGGAGAUCUCACAGAGGCGUGAAGUGAAAUAUGAGAGUGUAACGGCUGAGGCAAAUGAAAAGACUGUAAAUUAAGUAGACUCUGCAUCCAAUGUAGAAGUACAGACGUCAAAUGAGGAUGCAACAAGAAAUGGACCUAUACCUAACUCUAAAGAGAUGCAGUUCUCUAACUAAAAGUGUGCAUGUUAGAGAAGAACAGAGUGUGUGUGAGUGUGAGUGAAUGCUUAACUGUGGGAGCAGUGUGUUAGCACUUUAGUUUGAGUUCUCCUGGAGCUGGGGAAGAAUAUGAAGUUAAAGGAGUACUGUGUUGUAAUCCCAUGGUGCCACAAACUAGAAAUGUUAUACAUUUAAAUAGGCUGUACAUGGACCUUGGAAUAUUCCUCAAUAUAUUAGUUUAAAUGAUACUGUCACUGGCAGUUUGUUAAUUAAGUAAAUACGUUCUUUGUGAAUAUAUGUUGUACAUGGCCCACUUUCUUCACAAUGUUAAUAGUAAUUAAUUAUUAAUAAAUAUGUCAAUACCUUUCAA